UUAUGUUAACAGUCAGUAAAGGAAAAGAAAAACAAGCAGUCGCUGGAAUUUCGAGAGCAAGUAAAAAUUGAACGUGUGAUUUCUUAAACAAUAAGUGUUUAUACAUAAUAUUAUGUGUCGGUGAAUAUUCGAACCGGGAUCAGCACCUGCCAGAGCUAACAAUGCAGCACUCGCGAUACCUACUAGACAAAGCUAACCAGAUUUAUUGAAUCUCCCUUACAAAAAAUACAAAAUUAAAAAAAAAAAAGAAUAUAUAAAGAGAGAGAGAGAGAGAGAGAGAGAGAGAGAGAGAGGGAAAAGAAAGCUAAACAAUGUGCGAUGUUGACGGUGAAAUUUGUUGCGAGUCUGUGACUCAGCAUGCGGUGCAAACUUCACCGGUGACUGCAAAAGUCGCAAGUGCCGAAGCCCAAACAGAAGUUCCUUUCCACGAAUUGAAAUACACGAAUCAAAGCCUGCAGAUUAAGUCGAUACCUGAUUGGAAGGUUGAGGAAGUGCAGCAAUGGAGCUGUCUGGAGCAGUUCUCGCAAGAGAUGCGCCUGUGUUUGCGUGCCGAGGAAUUCGACGGUCAGGUGCUGCUUGCCCUAACGGAGGAGGAUGUCCGCGACUUGCGCUACAAAUUGGCCUACAAGCUGACGUUUGGCGAGAUGAAGCGGUUUUGGCAAACGGUCUUCCAUCUGCAAUAUCAGUGGCAACAGCAGCAGGAUCAGCAGCUGCUGCACGAACAGCAGCUAAAGCUGCAAUCGAAUGGUGCACUGAGCACCACCACGUUGCCUCUGAUGCUGGGCAUCUCCAGCCAUUUGGCGCAGUCGUCGCGUGGCAAUGUUUUCAUUACCGCGCCUGUUGUCGCGCCCCCGCCGGAAUCCUGUCCAUGCCCCUCGGUGCGCGAUCGCGGCAGCAGCUUUUCCAUGUCAGAUACACUUCAGGGCAAAAACAAGCGUUGUGUAUCGCCCGAAUAUUUUAAGACGGCAAUCAGCUUAGGCUAUUCAUUUGUGGUCACAUGGAUAACAUCGUUUGUAAUGGUGAUAGUGCACGAGCGUGUACCCGAUAUGAAGCGUUAUCCCCCGCUGCCGGAUAUAUUCCUCGACAAUGUGCCCCACAUACCGUGGGCGUUCAAUAUGUGUGAGAUUACCGGCACGCUUUUAUUUACAAUAUGGCUGUUUGUGCUGAUCUUUCACAAGUAUCGCAUGGUUCUGCUGCGGCGUUUCUUUGCACUGGCCGGCACUGUAUUCCUGCUGCGUUGCGUCACGAUGCUGAUUACGUCGCUAAGUGUGCCCGGCACCCAUUUGCAGUGCAAUCAAAAGGACUUUGCCAUUGACGAUCCCAAUGUGGAUGUCUUUGGAGCACUGGUCAUACGCAUGACGAGAGCCUAUCGCAUCUGGAGCGGCUUGGGCAUGUCCAUACAGGGUGUACGCACUUGUGGAGAUUAUAUGUUUAGUGGGCAUACGGUGGCCUUGACGUUGCUUAACUUCUUUAUCACUGAGUAUACCCCGCGUAACCUCUACUUUCUCCACACGCUGACCUGGCUAUUGAAUAUGUUUGGCAUCUUCUUCAUACUGGCUGCCCACGAGCAUUAUUCGAUUGAUGUGUUUGUUGCCUUCUAUAUCACUUCACGCCUAUUUCUCUACUAUCAUACGCUGUCCAACAAUCGGGCUCUCAUGCAAAGUGAUUCGACGCGGACACGGAUCUGGUUUCCCAUGUUCAGCUAUUUCGAGAACUCCGUGGAUGGCAUCAUUCCGAAUGAAUUCGAUACGACCAGCUCGCUUAUUGACUCGCUGGUCCAACAAGUAAUUCGCAUUAAAGAUCAUAUCGCUCUCAUUGUCAAUCGAAUUUGGUUGGCCCGCACAUUCUCAACAUCGUCGUUUAAUUUGUUUGAGAACUCCGACCACGAUACACAAAAUCAUUUUCCGUCAAAACCAACCAGUAAUUUGCAAUUGCGUAUCAGCUCUACGCCCAUUUUGGGCAAUGCAUCAAAACAGCAGAUGAAGCCGUCAACGGCCGAUGCGAACGUUAGCCCAUUUACCAGUGCGGCGAACGAUCUGCGGAAUCACCUGUCCGAGAAGAAGGUGCUCUGAUUGCGUCUUCCAACCAACAGCAGCUGGAUAAUCAAUUCUCUAAGCUGUUUAAUGAAAGAGCAAAUCGGAUUGCAGAAAAACAAUGCAAGCAUAUAUAUAUAUAUACACAGAUACACAGACAUAAACACAAAUUCACACCGACUGAUAAUUUGUACUCUUUAAAAAUUAAUUUUUACAUCUUUCC